CAGCUUUCUUAUCUGUUUGAAAACCGCUCUCUAACUCAAUUUGUUACAGGAUAGAAGCACUUUCGUUGUCUGUGAGCUCACAAAGCUUAAAGAAAAUGUGGUCUUCCAAUUCAGCGUGGCAGUGCAUUCCAUGGCUUGUGAUCCUCAUUACAGAGUGUCUGGUCAUUGUUAUCCUUAAUAUCAUCACCAUCGUUGUAUUUAUGAAGAAGAAGCGUCAGCUGCAGCGGCGGAGUACAUAUUUGAUCAUUCAUCUGGCGAUAGUCGAUCUCUUAGUGGGCGCAGUCUCUGGGCCGCUACACAUUGAAGUCAGUAUGUCUUGGCUGUGUCCUCUAUGGGAGUACAGACGAGAGACUAUUUGGUCUCAUCGUUCAUCGUUUGCAUUUGUACAUGUAUUCUCGUUCACUUCCCUUUUAAAUCUUGUGUUUAUUUCUUUAGAAAGGCUACAUGCAACAUUUUUUCCAUUCAGGCAUCGAUUUAUUAAGAAAUGUGUUUAUAAAGUCAUGAUUACUGUCAUUUGGCUGACGACUAUUGCUAGAGAAGCCGCUCAAAUUUUCUUAAAGGAAAUCCUGAUUGCUCCUUCAGAUGAAAUUAAUGUUUAUCUAUAUCUCCUAUUUUAUGUAGUUUCUGUAUCUGUUAUCUGUGUAUCUUGCAUUCUCAUUGUUAUUAAAGUACGAUGCACUCGUCAUCCCCAAUACCAUUCUAGGUCCAAAAGAGAAAGGAAACUAACGGGUACCUCGCUAUUCGUUUCACUUGUAUCUUUAGUUUGCUUUCUACCAGCGAUAACAUAUAUAGCUUAUCUCCUUUUAUCUUCUUCUUUAAGGAAUUUUCACAUUUCGAUGGCUGUGCUGGUUCUAUUCUUGGGUAACUCACUUGUGAAUCCUAUCAUUUACGCCCUUCGGAUGCCAGGGUUCAGAGAAGGUUUACUACAAAUAGUUUGCAGGGUCUCAGACGUUUCUAACACCCCGGUAAACCUACCGCUUCGCAACCUUAGGAGAACGUAGAUUGAUAUUUUUAAAAAAUUAAUGAGGUUUGUUUCGAAUAGCUUAAACUGAUCUAAACUUCUUA